AUGUCUGGCCGCGGCAAGGGUGGAAAGGGUCUCGGCAAAGGUGGUGCCAAGCGUCACCGCAAGAUUUUGCGUGACAACAUUCAGGGAAUUACCAAGCCUGCUAUCCGUCGUCUCGCACGCCGUGGUGGUGUCAAGCGUAUCUCCGCUAUGAUCUACGAGGAGACCCGCGGUGUCCUCAAGACCUUCCUCGAGGGUGUUAUCCGUGACGCUGUUACCUACACUGAGCACGCCAAGCGCAAGACUGUCACUUCUCUUGACGUUGUCUACGCUCUCAAGCGCCAGGGCCGUACCCUCUACGGUUUCGGUGGCUAAAUCAUUUGUUCUUUUCUUUUCCGGGCUGGUUCACGGUACGACGGGACGUUGGGGUGUUCUCUGAUUUAUUUUACUACAACUGUCAUGGGUCUCUGGGUUUGCUUUUCAUAACACUCGAUUACCAAUAUUGCGCGUCAAUGGUGUGCGCUUCUGAGCUUUUCUGUAUCAUAGCGGCCUCCAAAUUACGGCUGGCACCAUGGAUAUGGUGGGAUCAAGCACUUGAGUGCGAUCCGAUACGAAUAC